UCGUUGAGUACGUAAAACAGAGUGCACGUGAAACUGUAGGGAGCAAUGUGUUCGAGAGUUACAUCGUGUGGCCUCCUGCUGGCCCUCCUUACAGCUCUGUGCGCUUCGUCCGCCGUACCUGCGUCACCCUCCUGCAAGAUUCACGAGGGCCUUCACUACCGCCACUUCACCUGUCGGAACUUCCACUCCGUGGAAGACUUCCAGCAGGUCGUCCAUGACACCCACUCCGAAAAGCCUACUUGGUUCAGCCUGUAGGACAGUGAAGUUUCCAAGAUUCCUGGGGGUGCCUUCAAGGACCUCAACGUGUCAGUGCUGGAGCUCAGACGUGUCAUCGUCGAACAUUUCGAGCCGGCCGACGGAGAAGAAAACCCGUUCCACGGCCUAGAGCAAACUCUCCGCAGGCUUAUGUUCAGCCUGGGCACACUGCCGACCUCGUGGUCCAUCCUCGGUCACCUGGAGCACUUGGAAGAGUUGAAACUCAUCCACUACAAGGACAUGCACCUCAGCAAUGAUUUCAACAACCUUCCCAAGAGUCUGGAAACUCUUUACAUUGCCGAUGGUACACUCGAGAAGAUCGACGACGAUUGGCUAGCUCACUUGGAUGGCCUUAAGCAUCUGGUUGUGCGCCAGACCGACAUGUACAACUUCACUAGGUCGUGGUUGCCUAAUCCGGCACCUCAUUUCACUACACUCGACCUUCCGACAAACAAGCUGGUCUCGUUCCCCGCCAAUCUGGACGACGGCCUUCCCGAACUGAAAUACGUGAGUGUCGAGCGGAACCUCAUCACCACUGUGCACGAAGAGGACUUGGCUCCGCUCAAAGGGAAGCCGGUCUUCGUGGACUUAAUGUUCAACCCUGUGCACUGCGACUGCAAGUUGGCCUUCAUCCUGGACUACCCGACUCGCUGGCACUAUUUCCUGUGCGCCACGCCCGGGAAUGUGGCCGACAGUUACAUCACGCACCUUACCGAAGAGCAGCUUCAGUGCGAGCAGGGCAACGCUUGAGGCACCCUUACCGGCCCUGUGAACACUCAUAUCGUUUGAAAAGUUGAUCGUUGUUGCUCUAUCAUUCCACCUUUGUUGUUUUCGUUGUCGUUGUUUACUGUUUUUACACGUUUAUAGUCUAAUAAAGGUUCACAUACAGAUCAAUUGAC